AUGGGUCAUAAAUGGUUUGCCAAAACCCCAAGCCAAUUCAAUAAGGCAACAAUAAAAUUCAACCCCAAACAGACUCCUUUCUCCUAUAGCAAACGCCCAUCUCUUCGUUUCUCUGUUUCUCUCUCGCAGAGCCGCUCUGAACAGAACGUAGGUGGAGGAGAGGAUGCGGACGAGGUGUUUGAUGAGUUGCUUAAAAAGCAUGGGAAGGUGGUUUAUAGGAAAGGUGACUCGAAGCCACCCGUCGCCGAGGCUGACGAUGAUGCCGAAAGCUUAUCCUUUGCUGUAGCGUUGGCCAAAGUUGCUAGUGAUGUAAAAGCUGGGGAUAUCCGUGUUCUUUUUGUGAAGCCUCUAGUGUACUGGACCCGGUUUUUUAUCAUUGCAACAGCCUUUUCUCGCCCUCAAAUUGAUGCCAUUGGGUCCAGAAUAAGAGAUACAGCUGAGAAGCAAUUCAAAAGAGUUGCUUCUGGCGACACAAAACCCAACUCUUGGACUUUAUUAGACUUUGGUGAUGUAGUUGUCCAUAUAUUUCUCCCUCAACAGCGGGAGUUUUAUAACUUGGAAGAAUUCUAUGGUAAUGCUACACUAAUUGAACUUCCAUUUGAUACUCAAUCCUCAUUUCGGAAUUGAUACACUCAGCACUGCUUCAGAGGCGUUGAAUUAAGAAGAAAGAAAUGAAUCUCUUCGUGCUGCAUGCAAAUCAGUUGUUGCUUCAUAUUGCAGCGCUUUGGCAUUUGAUGACAGAAAGAGAUGUAGCAUAAGUCGGGUGAUCUGAUGCAAUACCAAUACAAGGCUUGUGAAGGAAUGCAAGGAACACUAGAUUUGAAUUGUUCCCUCAUCUAGGAUAACUUGUUGCUUCUGCAACAUAAUCCUCCAGUUUGUACUGAGAAUGGUAUUACAACCGAAGGUUUUUAUUUUAUUUUAUUUUACUUUUAUAGCAUUUUUGCUAUUUCUUUAUAUUCGGUACUAGUUUUGAAUUGAAAGAUGUCUUGAUACACGAGGCUUAGUUUCUUGAAUUACAGGAUUCAAUGUGAAUGAAAAUGGACUGCUUAUGCUA